AUGGCUCUGAACCGAGUGUCUCAACUGUGCCACGAUAUCACCCGGCUGUGGCUGCAGCUGAAGAUGAUGACAGCCCGCAGUGUGGCGGCAUCAGGAGAGGGUUUCAUCCUGGUCAUCGACAGACGGCUGGACCGAUGGGCUGCCGUCAGGGCCACCCUGCUCCGCAUCGCAGGUUCAUUUCCCGGGAACUUAAACUUGGUUUUGGUGCUGCGUCCCUCGACUUUCUUCCAGCGGACUCUGUCAGACUUCUUGUUCAAGUUCAACAAGGAUGAGUUCAAAAUGAAGGUGGUGAUGCUGAGCUCGGUCACAGAGCUCCAUGCAUAUAUCGAUCCGGGACAACUGACCACAGACUUGGGAGGAACGCGAGAAUACUGCCAUGACAGCUGGAUCUCCCACCGCACUGCCAUCGAGGCGUUUGCGCUCAUGGUUAAGACCACGGCUCAGACCCUGCAGGCCUUCGGCACCGAGCUGGCGGAGACGGAACUGCCCAACGACGCCGAGGCCACCACCAGCCUGCUGCACACGCACUCUCUGAAAAAGGACAAAAUGAAGGAGGACCUGCAGGUGGCGCUGUCUCAAGGAGGACGCUUGCUGGACUGCAUCAACGAGCCGCUGCAGACCGACCCCGAGUACAGCAUGACUCAUGACGAACUGGAAAACCUCGCGACCGUACAAAGACUCCUGGGGCAGCUGGACGAAACGGAAACGGCGUUUGAUGACUUCUGGGAGCGUCACCGCACCAAGCUGGAGCAGUGUCUGCAGCUGCGCCACUUCGAGCAGCACUUCCGUGAAGUGUGUGGUCAGCUGGACGUGACGGCGGAGCGGCUCUCGGGCUUCUCGGAGGUCAGCGUGAGCCCCGCCCACGCCGAGCACAUCCUCCGAGAGCUGGGCGGCCACGAGGACAAGGCCUGUGAUGUGCUGGAUCUGGCGCUGUCCCUGGCCAGCGAAGGAGACAGGCUGAUAGAGAACUCCCACUACGCCGAGGACUCCAUCAGGCCCAAGUGCAGCGAGCUCCGGGGGGUGUGCGAGGAGAUCAGCUCCAGUCUGAGGACCAAGAAGAGCCUCCUCCUCCGGGCUCUGGAGCUCCACCACGCUUUGGAGAAGGCCAGACGUUGGUGCGAGGACGGCAUCUUCCUGCUGGCGAACCAGCCGGUGGACCGCUGCCAGUCCCAGGACGGCGCCGAAGCGGCGCUGCAGGAGCUGGAGCGGUACCUGGACACGGCGGCGGUGCACAUCCUCUCCGACCGCGGCGCCAUCUGCUGCCAGUACGAGGCGGUGCUCAACACGCCGCUCAGGGAACAGGUGGAGACGGUUUUCCAGAAGCAGAGCUCCGUCCAGGAGAUGUUUGAGAAGAGACGCGUGAGCCUGAAGAAACUCGCCGCCAAGCAGACGAGACCGGUGCAGCCGGUCGCCCCGAGACCUGAAGUGAAGUCUCCACAGUCCUCUCCCAACCAGGAGAGGAAGGAGAGGAGAUACUCGGCAGAUAGCGUCAUCUGCAAAAAGGUGGAAUCUCCUGUACAUAACGGCGGCACAAGGCACGCCUCUCUCUCAGAGGAAGAAGAAAACCUGGCAGUGCUUCGGCGUCAUGUGAUGAACGAGCUGCUGGAGACGGAACGGGUUUAUGUGGAGGAGCUGCUGUGUGUGCUGGAGGGUUAUGCGGCGGAGAUGGAGAACCCAGCCAUGGCUCACCUCCUCCCCAGCAGCCUGCACAGCAAGAGGGACGUCCUGUUCGGCAACAUGUGGGAAAUCUACCAGUUUCACAAAAGGACGUUUUUGAAAGAACUGGAAGCGUACACGGAUUGCCCCGAACUCGUGGGCCGCUGCUUCUUAGAACGGAUGAAGGACCUGCAGAUCUACGAGGCCUACUGCCAGAAUAAACCUCGCUCUGAGAGCUUGUGGAGACAGUGCUCAGACUGUGCCUUUUUCCAGGAGUGCCAGAAGAAGCUGGAACAUAAACUUGGUUUGGACUCCUACCUCCUGAAACCUGUCCAGAGAAUCACCAAGUACCAGCUGCUGCUAAAGGAGUUGUUGAAGUACAGUAAGGGCUGCAACGGCUGCGACGACCUUCAGGAAGCUCUUUCCUCCAUCCUGGGGAUCUUGAAAGCUGUUAAUGACUCCAUGCACCUCAUCGCCAUCACGGGAUACGAGGGGAACCUGUCGGAUCUGGGUCGCCUCCUGAUGCAGGGCUCCUUCAGCGUGUGGACGGAGCACAAGAAAGGUCACGCCAAGGUCAAAGACCUGGCCAGGUUCAAGCCGAUGCAGAGGCACCUGUUCCUGCACGAGAAGGCCCUGCUGUUCUGCAAGAGGCGGGAGGAGAAUGGCGAGGGCUACGAGAAAGCUCCGUCGUACAGCUUCAAGCACUCCCUCAGCAUGAGCGCAGUGGGAAUCACAGAGAACGCGAAAGGAGACAACAAGAAGUUUGAGAUUUGGUGUAACUCCAGAGACGAGGUUUUCAUCGUGCAGGCGCCAACAGCUGAGAUCAAAACGUCAUGGGUGAAUGAGAUCCGGAAGGUUUUGACCGAGCAGCUGAAAGCCUGUCGAGAUGCCAGCCAGCAGAAGAGCUCCGACUCCAUGUCCCCAAGUCCGUCCAGCAACGCCUCCAUCUCCCUCAGCCCCUUCCGGAGCGGCGGUCAGAAGAACCAGAAGAAGCAAGAGGAGAAGAAGGCCGAGCCCGCUCCGGCCGCCGACGCCACCUCCUCCUCGUCUCCAAAACACAAAGAUGAGCCAGUGACCAGUCCGACGACUGACAGAUCCUCAGUGGCUAAAAAGCGCUUUACUUUGCAGGGCUUCAGCAAUCUCAAGAGUCCCAAAGGCUCGGCCCUGAGCCCCGAGCACAACGCUAAGCGCCACCUAGUCAAGAGCGACCCCACGCCGUUUGGGUUCAAAGGCUGGAAUAAGGCUUCUCUCUCAGUGGACGCCUCGGAAGAGAACGACGGCUAUUCCAGUGGCGAGGACCCCAUGAACUCCGACACUGAGGAGGACGUGGGGAAGAAACUGGCUCCGGGAAAGUACACGGUGGUAGCGGACUGUGAGAAGGCGGGACCUCAGGAGCUGUCCGUCAAGAGCGGGGACGUGGUCCAGCUCAUCCGAGAAGGAGAGGAUGGACAGUGGUUUGUGAAGAACCUUCGCAGUGGGAAGGAGGGCUGGGUGGCCGCUGCAAAUCUCCUCAGUCUCAUCUCAGAGUCCAAAUCCUCCCAGUCGCUCAGCAGUUCAGAUGGCAGUGUCUCUGGGAACAUCAGCACUUCCUCCAGCUGCAGUGAAACCUACACCAGCUUCUCAGACAUCAAACCCUGAACCUAAAUAUCACUGUCCGGAUCCCCAUCCCCAAACUUUAAAUCAUUCCCCGAGUGACACUGCAAAAGCUGGAACGGAAAAGAAGGACUAAAUCGAAGUAUCCUGAACCAAAAGUAUCAGCAAACUUUUUUUGGUGGGGAGAUGUACGUCAAUCAUCUAGCCUGAGUAUUCACACUGAUCUGUCGGUGUAAAAAAAAAACAAAGAUCCAUGAUCACAACUCAUAUUACAUCCUUCUGACCUUGAAAACUAUCAGCAUGUUGGUAGAAUCUUAGUGUAUCCGCUGUCAUUUCAUUCCAGUCCACAGUAUGUAGACGAUGGAAACUCGGUGAACGACCAUUCCUUCCUUAGAGUCGCAUGCGACUCUUCACCUCUUGUCAGACCAACUUUUAAAACCCAGAAAAAGCCCGUUGCCAGGUGUCCAGUACUGUCUUCAAUCCCCCGUGAUUAUGUAGCAUUAAAGCGGGACUAUUUCACUGAAAGCGCCACCGCCGCCGAGCAUCCUCUCCAGUGCAGUCGGACAGGUAUUUCACACGAUGCGUCGGCUCGGGCUUCAGACUCCGCUCGUCGCACACUGUGAAAACUAGCAGGCGGCUGCAACAGGGAGGAAAAAAACAUUAAAAAAAAAAAAAAAA